GAGACGAGGAGCCCGUUCUCCCUCGAUUCCUGGUCCCAGGACCUUAAAAUACCGCAGCCACCCUCCACCUUCCCCAUUCUCCCCACAGAAUGGCCGUUGUGCUCAGUUCCGAAGAGAACUGCUAUUUCUCCUCGAGUUCCCUUCGCCGUUCACAUUCACAGCCGAAGUUUGUAACACAACCAUCGUAUGCGAAGACCCCUUCCAGAUCAAAAAGCAGUGGCGGGUUCAAUACCAUAAUAUCUCCUACCAAUUCGACAUCUUCCUCCAUACCAUCGUCUCCGAGGACCUUGACAGCCGAUUCUGCAGCUCCUUCGUACUCAUCGACGCCCGCAAGCAGUUUGUCGCUCGACGCUCAUUGUGACGACGAAGACGACGAAGACCAGAUUGUGUUUCCUUCAUACGACGACGUAGGCUACUACGAUCAAGUCGAAGAUCUGGAACCGCCGGCCAGCCCUCGAACCGGUGAUUCUUACACCGUUUCACCCACUUCUAAUAGUACCUCGACUAAUGUAUCGCGGCCAGUCUCCCCAGACCCUUUGGAACAUGCGGAAGACGAUACAGCAGUUCGAACUCAGCCCUCGAGACAUGUAGACUACUUAUCUCACAAUUGGAAAGAAGAAGAUAUCUGGUCAUCGUGGAAGCACAUUGUUUCCAAGCGAAAAGCAUACAACAAUAGUGCCAGACUGGAAAACGCGUCGUGGAGGACAUGGACGAAAUCAAAGAACAAACUAAAGACCGUCUCUCCAGAAACGCUUAAUUGGCUCAAAGACUGCGAUGUCACUUGGCUAUAUGGGCCGUUGCAGACUGGCUCCGAGAAGUCGCUACACCUCCCUUCUACAUCACCUGUAGGUAGCAGUCGGAUAUCCAAGUCCAACUCGUUUCUGAACAAGAAGCCAAUCUUGAAGAAGAGGAGUAUGUCGGAAAUCAUGCUUCAGAGGUCUCUUUCGUCAUCAUCACUUUUAAAGCAAGCAGCUGCAGCAGUUCAGGCACAACAAUAUGGUGGACUAGCGCGUCCAUCAAUUGGUCGUGGUGCUUCCGACUACACAAUCCCUUUCUCCUCUCGACGCUUGAGUCGUGAGAAUACCAGUAUGCUCUCAUCAAUCUCCUCAUCUGGACUUGCAUCUCCAGGCACCGGGGAGAAGAAACAUAUCCAUUUCAACGAACAAGUUGAGCAGUGUAUAGCAUUAGAGAUGAAGGGAGAUGACGAGGAAGAGCCUGAUGCGUAUGCUAUACACGACUACGAUGACAGCGAUUCAGAUGAUGGGGCAAUCAUGAUGAAGCGGAGUAACUCGAAACGAAAAUUACCACCUCUUCAUAGCAGGAGGACAACACCAAGACAGAGCUUCAGUGCCGAGAGCAAGACCAUUGCAAUGCUACCUUCGACGACACUGAAGUACAGAGCUGACACCCCAGAACCUCCAGAAACGGCAAUGAAGCACAGCAAUGGAUUCUGGAAUGGAUCCAAGUUAUCUCCUUCGCCGUCCCAAGAAACGUUGAGGCCUUCAAAACCAUCGACUCGAAUGCUGCUUGGGGAUGACGAGGACGAGGACGACGAGGACAUGAACUGGCAACCGCCGAGCGCCUUUGCCAAUCGAAAAGAUAGUGUGUCAACCACCCAGGAACGAUUCCAAAAUCUUCACACAUCUGGUUCAUCUUCUAGUCUCACUGGCGAGCCAUCUGGCAUGAGGCGUACGCCCUCGGGAAUGUUCAUGCCCUAUGAGGAAGAUGAGGAUGAUGUCGUCUCUGAGGGUCUUUUCGGAAAGGUCGUGGACACUGUAAAUACGGCAAAGGACAUCGCUCACGUAAUAUGGAAUGUUGGAUGGAGAAGGUGAGCGCUAUGAAGAGCCCCAACCCUCUUCAGUUGAACACUCAAUGAAGUCAAUCAAAGGCUAGGAUCAUAAUGGAAUCAAGUCGAGAGCUUCGGAUCACUUAAUAAUUGCAUAUAUGGGCGGCGUUUAAAGGUGGCUUCUGCAUAUUACCGCGGAACACACAAUCUAGUGGUAUGGUUGGG